GGAUUACAAUAUGAUUCAUUUUACCGACCAUUCGCCUUCGCUCGCGCAUGAUCGUGGGGUGGGUAGCUCGCUUUCAUCAAUAUCAGAGCUGCUGACACGAAGUUGCGCCACUGUAUCACACCGUGACCAGUGCUUGCUCGUCUCCGUAAAAAAAUGUCAGCAAUGCGGAUGAAAGCAGUGAGGUGUCCUACGGAUGAGCUCACUCUCUCCAACUGCGCUAUUAUCAACGCUGAUGAUUUCCCUGACGAUGUCAGGCAUGUUGAAGUGACUACUGCGCCAAAUUAUCACUUUGUGUUUACCGUAAGAACACAUCAUGAAAUACCUCGUGGUACAGUUGGUUUUAGCUUACCUCAGAGGAAAUGGGCAACAUUGUCACUCAAUCAGGAUAUUGAAGUUCGACCAUAUCACUUUGAUCCAACUUCUAAUACAGAAUGUUUGUGCAAUAUUGUUUUGGAAGCUGAUUUCCUGCAGAAAAAGACUGUUACUUUGGACCCAUACAACACAGAUGAAAUGGUCAAGGAUUUCCUGCUACAAUUUUCAGGCCAGGCAUUCACCGUGGGUCAGCAGCUGGCAUUUCAGUUUAAAGACAAGAAGCUGCUUGGAUUGGUUGUCAAGAGUUUGGAGGCUGCUGACCUGUCGGCCAUUAGUUCAGGACAGUCUACUGUACCGAAGAAGACCAGACUGGGUCGAUGUUUGGGUGAUACCAUGAUACAAUUUGAGAAAGCCGAAAACUCCAGCCUGAACCUCGUCGGGCAAGCUAAAGGAAAAGCUGUUCGACAGGCGAUUAUCAAUCCGGAUUGGGACUUUCAGAAAAUGGGUAUCGGCGGUUUGGAUAAGGAAUUUAGCGCCAUCUUCCGCAGAGCAUUUGCAUCUCGAGUUUUCCCGACGGAAGUUGUUACUCAAAUGGGCUGCAAGCACGUAAAAGGCAUUUUGCUAUAUGGUCCUCCUGGUACAGGCAAAACAUUAAUGGCUCGUCAGAUAGGAACAAUGUUAAACGCUCGAGAACCGAAAAUUGUAAACGGCCCACAAAUUUUGGACAAAUACGUUGGAGAGAGUGAAGCUAAUAUUAGAAGAUUGUUUGCUGACGCGGAAGAGGAAGAAAAGAGGCUUGGACCAAACAGUGGACUUCACAUAAUUAUAUUUGACGAAAUAGAUGCUAUCUGCAAGUCUCGAGGCAGUGUCGCCGGAAACACAGGAGUGCACGACACUGUGGUGAAUCAGCUGCUCGCCAAGAUUGACGGUGUUGAACAGUUAAAUAAUAUUCUUAUUAUUGGUAUGACCAACAGAAGAGACAUGAUCGAUGAAGCCUUAUUGAGACCUGGUAGAUUGGAGCUACAAAUGGAAAUCAGCUUGCCGGAUGAACACGGACGAUAUCAGAUUCUUAACAUUCAUACAUCGCGAAUGAGGGACUACAAGAAAAUCUCGACUGAUGUGGAUUUAAAGGAGUUGGCUACAUUAACGAAAAACUUUAGCGGUGCGGAGUUGGAGGGUCUAGUCAGAGCCGCGCAAAGUACUGCUAUGAAUCGUUUGAUAAAAGCUUCCAGCAAGGUGGAGGUAGAUCCAGCCGCGAUGGAAAAACUCAUGGUCACUAGAAGUGACUUCUUCCAUGCCCUGGAACACGAUGUUAAACCAGCAUUUGGUACGAGUGCUGAGGCAUUGACCCAGUUAUUGACCCGCGGAAUUAUCAAUUGGGGCAGACCAGUGGUUGAUAUCCUCGCCGAUGGCGGUCUGUGCAUUCAACAAGCUCGCGCAACUGAAGGAUCAGGACUUGUAUCCGUUCUCUUGGAAGGUCCACCGAAUAGCGGGAAAACUGCGUUGGCUGCGCAGAUCGCGAAGAAUUCGGACUUUCCGUUCGUCAAAGUGUGUACACCCGAGGAUAUGGUCGGUUUCAUCGAGUCUGCGAAAUGUCUUUCCAUACGGAAGGUAUUCGACGACGCAUAUCGUUCACAGCUUAGCUGCAUUUUAGUCGAUAACAUUGAACGAUUAUUGGAUUACGGCCCAAUUGGACCAAGAUACUCUAAUCUGACAUUGCAAGCACUUUUGGUGCUAUUGAAGAAGUCUCCACCGCCUGGCCGAAAAUUAUUGAUUCUGUGCACUUCUAGUCGUAGGCAAGUUUUAGACGAGCUGGAAUUACUUUCGGCAUUUAAUACCAUUCUUCACGUGCCUAAUUUAUCAACCCCUGACCAUCUGUUGAGUGUUCUGGACGAAGUUGAUCUCUUUUCGAAGCAUGAAAUGGCUUCUUUGCACGCAAAACUUCAAGGAAAACGCAUAUUCAUCGGUAUUAAGAAGCUGUUAUGCCUGAUAGACAUGGCACGUCAAGUGGAACCUGGUUACAGACUUCCGAAGUUUUUAUCGAAGCUAGAAGAGGAAGGCGGCCUAGAAUAAGAAGUAUUCCGUAUCGAGCUGCGUUAGUUUUGAAAGCGUAGAUACAGAGAAAUCGCGGGCGCCUCUGAACCCUAUAUAUUUAUCCAUUUGUUUUGCUUUUUUUGGCGCUGUCAGACCUCAGCGACUCUGGUCUGAUCGUUCGAAACGAACGCGCUCUUGGAUUGUAGUAAUUUACGUAGACAUAACGUAGACAAUGAGACGUAGUCCGAUGACACUAAAUUCUUUGUGUCACGAUAGAUUACCAUAACGGAUAGAAAACAACACUAGCUUCCAUUGUGGUGCAUAUCCAAAAACGCAUAUUAACUCCAUAUUUUGAGAUACGAGCGCAGACCACCAUCAUACGGUAGAUACCUAAACCUAAACGACUGUUGUCAGUCUUAUCGGUGAAAUUUCGAGUAUCAGAGAAUAUCGAGCUAAGUCGUGUAGUGCUCGUCAUAUAAUAAGUAUUUCUGUCUAUUUUCAAUUGAAUCGCAACAAUAGCCAAUCCAAAGGGAUAGGUUUCUUAGCUUUACAUCUUUUAAGAUCUUUAUAUCUUUUAAAAUCUUUACAUCUUUUAAGAGCUUAAUAGGUCAGUUUGUUGUUGGGCUUGUAUAUGCACGCACUUGGAAAUAAUAGUUUCCUACGAUUCGAUUAAAUAUCCGAUUGUUGCUUAAUAAUGUACUACUGUUGUACAGUUAUUACGGAAACGUGUAAAGAGAACAGAAGAGCGUUUGGAAGUUGGGAGUAACAAACGCAAUACCUGAUUUUAGCGUAAGGAUCGUCUAUUACAUUCUGUCAAGUGCAUUUCUUCCUCUUAUAUGCCUUAUGUAUUUUCAAUACACGAUUAACAACUUGGAGAAACAUUCAUAGAAAAGAAUUGUAAGCGCAGUACUUAUUUAUUAGCUGUCGCAGCGGUAAUUAUAUUGCACCAACGUCGUCCACCAGCGAGUUAGAAGCUUGACACAGGCUCUUUGUGUCCCUCCCUAAGUUAUAACUUUGAUUAUAGCAUAGAUAGGGAAGGAAGAUUUGUAUCACCAGGAUUAGAUGCAAGAUGAUGAUAAUAACAGCUAUAAACAGCAAACUGAAUGUACUUGUAGUUGUAUAUUAUGUAAUACAUUUCAUUUCAGUAUGGAAGGGGCGUUGUUGAAAAACUAAUAUCUUGAAUGUACAAUGAUGCUCUGGAACAAUAUUUCCUAAGCCAGAAUUAUCGCGAGAAAUGAUAACGUCUCCUCUAUUAAUUAUCGAAUAGCAAUAACAUAGCUAUAUACAUAUAAAUAUAUAUAAAGAUAAACUUGUUAUAUUCUCGUAUAUGAUGCCAUGUAUUUAUUGUUGAGUGCAUUCUCAAUUGCACAUGUAUAUUGUAUGCAAUUAAUGACUAUGCACAUGCUCGACAUUCGUUAGUAUAUUUCUCGAAAAUCACGAAUGAUGAUUCAGUAGUUGUAAGAACAGCCGAAUUAGUCAAUAUUUGUUAAUAAUACACCCCGCUACUCUUCGGCAUUUCCCCCACGGGAGAUCAUUCCAGAAAUAUUGCUUGAGAUAUAUUUAUUCUACUACGGAUUAAAAAAGAAUUACACAACGAUAACCAGAAAAGCGCGUUAUAUGAAUUGUAUCGCACUUUCAUUUAUAUAUAUAUAUAUAUAUAUAUAGUACCAAUUAUGAAAUAAGUUGAUGAUUAUUUAAUUUGUUAUUAGGAUGUAUAAUAGCCGCCGUUUGUCACACACGUCCUCAUUACUUUGUUCAUAAAUUAUGAAUGUGAAUAUAGAGCAAUGUAAGUUUAUUUAUUUUUUGUAUACUAAUAUUUUAAUUGUAUUAUAUAUCUGUGUUAUGGCUUGAUAGCUCGUCAAGCUAAUUAUAUGCAUUAUAUGUGUACUGAAAGAACAUGUUAUAUAUUGCAGAUGUCUUAAGAAAGAAAUUUUGCGCUUACGCGGUGUUCCUUAUGUAUUGUAAUAUAUUCGACUACUCGUCUGUAUUCAUCAAUGUGACCUGUUAUCGAUGCGAGGCAGAAAUAA